UUUGUAUUUUUUCAGAUGUGCCUAAAAGUAUGCUGUUCUUUUCGAAUCAAUGUAGAAUGCAAUUGAAAGCAUACAUACUAUAGUUUCCCCUCCGAAAUCUACAGUUAUUCGAAUGUACGUAUAUAUGCACGUAUGUAGUUUAAGGGUUGCGUAUGAAAUUCUCAAAUGAAAAACUUACGCAAUUCCAUCAUUAAGAUGAGUAUGGAGUCGAUAAGCGAGAUCAUCGACCACCAAUCGCUCACUAGUCAACUGGUCGAUGACGCGAGCGAUUUGAUUGCCACUGAUUCAUUUGUAGCUGUAGCUAGUCGGCGUGCUGUCCACGUCGGCGUCGAUCAAACGUCGUCGCCGCAUAACGAAUCGCUAAUUGUGGGUAAUCGCACGCCGUCGUCGUCACCAGCACCUGCACUCGCUGCGCACGACAUUAUCGUAGACGAUCACAAUGUAGUGGCGCACACAGUGGUGACGACCAGCGAUGGCACCAUCACCGACGUAGAGGGUGCUGGCCCGGUCGUCAUGGUACGUACAAUCAUCGAUGGCCUCAGCCACAGCCCGGUGCAUUCGACAUUUCAGACGGAAGCGACGGUUGGCGUUCAAAGUCAGGCGCAACAGCAACACACGCAUAAUCACAGCCAGCAACAUCACCUGCACCAGCACCAGCACCAACAUCAGCAUCAGUUGGUGACGUGUCAUCAGCAACUGUGUCGUAUAACGAAUGUUCACCAAAGUCAACAGCACCAACACAACCACCACCAUCGCCAAGAUGAUCGGUUGCACACCGGCAGUCCCGUGGACUUUGUAGGGUCUGAUGUCGCCUUGGAUGAAUUAACAGUUGGCUCAUCACCAAACCAAGGCGGCACAAACAUUAUUGGCGUUAAACAGGGGGAGAAAGUAGUGAUACUCGAACCGAAUGAAGUGGUUAAAAGUAGAAGCGGCAAACGGAGAAAUGAACUCACUAACACGGGUGGUGGGGCACAUUUGCAUCAGGGCAGGGAGAGUGGUGGCUUAAAGGUAUCCAACCAAAUUGAUGUUGAUGUAGGUGUUAGUGGGAUCGAUGAUCUGUCAUCCGAUGCGGUGGAGGUGACAUUAAAUCAACAUCAUCAUCAACAGCAGCAGCAACUGCUGCAACAUCAUUACGUUAGUGGUGGAAAUAGGAGUAGCUGUAGUGCGUUAACGCAGCAUUUGCAACAUCACGACCAUGUUCAUGGUCAGCAGAUGGUUGGCUCAAACAAUCAACAGAGAAACGACCAUCAUUCUGCGCAGCAAACAAUCGGGAACCACCACCAUCAAACGUCGCAUCACGAAGCUUUAUCCGUGAUUGUGCAGCAGCAAGAGGAUUCCCGCGAUUCCGCUUCUCAGAUGCUCAGUCCUGAGCUAGGUGUGGUCAGUGUCGGGGUGGUUGGAGACAAUUCACUGGAGCCGACCACUUACCAAACGCUGACGUCCGUAAAUGAACGCAUGUCACCACCAAGUUUUAGCCCGACGUCCUCGUAUGCAACACUCACACCGCUGCAACCUUUACCACCCAUUUCGACAAUGUCCGAAAAGUUUGCCUAUGGCGGCCAUAUAAACGGAGGCGGCGUGGGUGUAGGCAGUGGGGGAGUCGGUGGCGAUGCUAGUAGCAAUAGCAAUUCCUCAUCGGGUGGCGUGGGCCCAUUUGCAGUGAUGCCGCAUCCGAGUAGUCUCGGUGGACUCAGCUUAAGCAGCCUGAGCGGCGUGCAGUCUCCAUACUCAUCAUAUGACAAACUGCCAUCCAUGGGUAUGCCAAUGUCCCCGCCUCAAAAUUAUGCAACUUCACCAUCUAACACAAUAUCCGGCAUGGUGGUGGCAUGCGAGCUUCAUACGACAUCUCCAAGUCCAUGCCGUGCACUUUCGCCGCAAUCUGCUUACAGCCAUUCGACAGAAUUCCAUUCACCUACACUAUCCACAUGUAAAACAACCAGCAGCGGAAUUCGCACUGGUAAUGCUAACAGCAAUAGUAGCCUUAUCACAGGAACUAAAACUCUGAAAAUGCAACAGUCCGAUCCCCAGAAGCAGGCUAUAUGCCUUUCACCGCAUGUCACGAUUGUCAAUGGCGCCGGCGAUGGAGAGAAUGUAGUUGUGACGGGUUAUGAAUCACCGUACAGCGUCAACCAGAGAGAUCUUUUGGUAACAACAACGCCGACCUCCUCUUCCACUUCCGGUGGACGAAGUUCCCAUCUUCAAUUACAGCAUAGUCCGAUUAUGAGCCCGCACUCCGGGUCAGCUGGAUCAGUAUCGUUAAACUCGCCAGGCAGCUGUAGUAUGGUUAACCAGUCGGUGGUAACGUUGCCGCCCAUAAAUGGUGCGAUGGUACCGCUAUCAGCCGCCUCGCUCGGAAGUAGGGGUAUCGUUGAUAUUUCACCAUUGCAUAGAGAUGCUGUAGUGGUAUCUCUUACUCCAUCGCCGCCGCCGAGCGAUAUGGUCGGAACGGCCACCACACUACUUGCGAUUCAUCAACCGACAGUUCAUAUGCAUCAGCAGCAUCACCAUCACCAACAACAACAACAGCAGCAGCAACACCAAUUAGUCACUGGGGCACAGCAACAUUUAGCACAACAUCAGCAACAUCAUGGCAAACACACGCAUCCUGUAACCAGUGACUGUAGUCUUAACGUUAGUCUGAACAGCAGCAGCAGCAACCUCCGCCUGACCAAUGUUGUGGGUGGGCAAAAUGUUAUUAGCAACAAUAAUAAUUUGUGCAAUAUGGGGCAGCAAUCCCGCCAACAAACACAGCAACAAAGUCAAAGCGAGCAACAGCAUCAAUUGCAGCUCAACCUACAGCACGUAACAAGCAGUAAUAACGGCAGUAACAGCUCGAGUGGUUCAAGUGGUGGCAACGCCGGCGCCGGAAGCAGUAGCAGCAGCAAUGGUGGCGGCAGUGCAGCUGGUGGCCUCACUGGCAGUAGCGACAUGGAGGAGAUUAAUACCAAAGAAUUGGCGCAGCGAAUUUCAGCGGAGCUGAAGCGUUAUAGUAUUCCGCAAGCGAUAUUUGCACAGCGAGUGCUUUGUCGUUCACAAGGUACUCUCUCCGAUCUACUACGCAAUCCAAAACCAUGGUCAAAGCUCAAGUCCGGGCGCGAGACUUUCCGACGCAUGUUUAAGUGGCUUCAAGAGCCUGAGUUUCAGCGCAUGUCGGCGCUACGUAUGGCAGCGGCUCAGUUACCUCAGCGCAGUAGCAGCAGCAGCAACGCCACAGUCGCUAUUGCUACUGGUGGUAGUGUUGGCGCUAGCAAUGUUAUCGUUGGUAAUAGCUCUAAUGGAGGUGGUAAUCAGAGUGGGAACGGCGUAUGCCGGCGCAAAGAAGAGCUACAUAUAGAGCAUAUGCCACAACCAAAAAAGCCGCGACUAGUCUUCACAGACCUGCAAAGGCGUACACUCCAAGCAAUUUUCAAAGAUCGCUGAUCUUAAGACGAGUAUUUUGGGAAAUUCGAUGGGACAACUUUUUUCUUUCGGCCUAAAUAACGUAUACGCACAUAUGUAAAGUUGAACUUCUGAGAUUAAAAAUCACACCUCCUCGUACAUGAAAAAGUCGAGUGUACGAUAAUAGAGCUCAAUUGUAACAAAAUAUUUAAAAAAAUUGAUAUUUAUAGACAGGUCGGGCUUGUAGAACUAGAUCUUUCCAAAGCCAUAAGUAACUUUUCGGUCCAAUUUCGCCGUAUUUCCCACUAUUCAUGAGUGUGUGAGUAUGAAUGAGUUAAAUAGUUGGUGGCUCUAUGUUUAAGAUUUCCACUGCGUCCGACGCACAGUGGGAAAUUCUCAACUGAUUUUGUUCAAAAAAAGGCUGGAAGAAUAAAUGUUUAACCGAACUGAAUAAUUUUUUUUUUAAACUUGGAACGGAUUCUAGAAAACAUUGUCUAGGUCCGAACAAAUAAAAAAGGUUUUGAUUUUUAUCAUCAAACGGUAAAAGUCGCAAAAUAAAAAAAGAGGGACCAUCAAACAAAGAGCAAUAUGCUUUUUGGUAACCAAUUUAAGAUUUUGAAGGAGACCAAAACGUUUUUAAGGUAUCGGAGUUCGAUUCCGAUGAUAGAAUCGUGAAGGUCAAAAUGGGACAUCCAAUAUAGCAGAUGCAAUAAGGCUGCUAUCCAAAACUCGUAUCCUUUGCAUUUUUGUGGACAAAGUGAUUAUUAUUAACUUUAGAUGAGACCAAGGCCGGAAUUAAACAAAAUACACAAAAAUUAUGUUGGUUUAGUUAUUUGGUCGAUAUUUUGACUUCAGUCUGAAGUCGUCGUCAGGAAUGUAAAAAAAAAUAUACAUAUACUUUCACAUGUAACAUAAACACAACUUACUUUUACAUCUUCGCCUGGUCGAAUAGUGCAUAACCAAUAGACAUAAACAUUAAAAUAUACAUAAAAUCCCAAUUAGCCAAACGACUUCGUAACGCCACUCUAACUGGGAAUAGAAAAAAAAAUUAUUUUUUAACGCUAAAGCUCCGUUUCAACCGUCGAAAGUUAAGACUUUCCAUAAGUGCUUGUUAUUUCUAAAACUACGCAUUAUUUUAAGUGAAUCGCGGAGAAGAUUUUGAUCAAAAAUAUUUACUUGUCAGAACUGUUUUGAUAUGGAGCUGAAAGCUGAAGGUAUGUAG